AUGACACCAGGAAAGGAGUGGUAUCCGACAACUCUUGCAUUUCAUUGGUUCCUCGGAAAAAAAGAAGCUCCACCUUUGUCAAAUAGGGGAAUUGGUUUCACUUUCGAUUCAUUUUGUCUAAUCAACAAUACCAUUCAUCUCAUUUAUCGAUUAUCUUCUUUGAUUUUGGAAUUUUCGUUGUGUCCAAAACUUGUCUUAUUCGGUUAUGCCUAA